AUGAUUGAGAGGGAGGUCGCUGGCCAUGGCCCUUGUCCCGGGAGAACUACAUCACUGGAGGCCGACCUGGACGCCGCCGGGCUCUGGGAAGCGGUCGUGCCACCGGAGGACGCGGCGUCGGCCGUGAUCGCCAAGAAGGAUAAGCCGGUGUGGGCUUAUCUGUUGCGAGCGCUCGCCGAUGAUCUGCUGCUGCAGGUGGCCGCGAAGAAGACAGCGGCGGAGAUAUGGAGUAGUCUCAAGGCCCGGUUCGUCGGGGCCGAUUGCGUGAGGGCGGCGCGACUGGGCACGUUGCGCAGCGAGUUCGAGCUCCUGCGGAUGGACGGUGGUGAGUCGCUGGACGCCUUCGCGGGCAAAAUCAGUGGCAUGGCGGCGCGCUACGCCGGGCUGGGAUCGACUCUCGAUGACGCGGCGACAGUGAAGAAGCUGCUGGACUGCGUCUCGGAUUGCCUGUACGCGGCGGUCGCCGGGAUGGAGCAGUUCUGCGACCUCUUGACGCUGUUGUUCGAGGACGCGCUCGGGCGCCUGAAGGCGUUCGACGAGCGCCUGCGUCAGCGCGGGCAGGCGGCGAGCUGCUGUACACGGCGGUGCAAUGGCGGGCGCGGGAGCAGCGUCAAGGCGGAGCGCGGGACAACGACGACGUGCGCAGCGAAGCUUCCAUUCGGCGGCAACCGGCGGGGAAGGUGCUACAAGUGCGGCCAACGAGAGCAUUUCAAGCGCGAUUGCCCGCAACUCAAGAAGGCGCCGGCGGCGGAGCGAGCCCUGCUCGUGGACGACGUCGUCGAGGACGCCGGGUUGUUCUGA